AUGCGUUUCCUCUUCCUCACCGAGGCUCUAGCCUUCACAUCACUAGCCACAGCCCACCUCAUUCCCCGCCAAGCCCCAGCAAGCGUCUACAAAGGCAGCGGCUGGAUCGAAUUUCUCGUCGUCCGUUCCAACGGAGACCUCCUAGUCAAUCACCUCGACAAGCCAGAAAUCUGGUCCCUUGACUCCACAACCAAAGCGGCGACAAAACUCGCGACUUUCGCCAACGCCACCAGCACUACUGGAAUCACCGAAUAUGCUCCUGAUCAAUUCGCGGUCGUGACAGGCAGCUUUAAUAUAACGAACAUUUCGUACACUCAAGGGUCGUGGGGAGUGUGGAAGGUUGAUUUGAGUGGGGCGACUCCUAAGACAACGCUUGUGAAGGAGGUUCCCGAAUCCAAUUUUUGGAUUGGGAUUACGCCUUUCAAUAACGAUACCGUGUUCAUCGCUGAUGCGGGGAAGGGAGCGAUUUACAAAAUGACGCUUUCGACUGGGAAUUAUAGCAUGAUUCUUCAGGAUCCGACGAUGAUAGCGCCCAGCGGAUCGCUGAUCACGGAGGGUAUUCAUGGGAUUGUGUACAAUAAUGGGUACGUGUACUACAGCAACACAUUUGGGAACGGAUUCUACAAAGUGAAGAUCGAUGCUACGACGGGGAAGACCAUUGGUGCCCCGAUCGCAGUUGUACCAUCGAUGUCGAAUCCGGAGGGCUUUACUUUUGGGCCUGAUGGUUCGGCCUACGUUUGUUCUGUUGGAAACAAGAAUAUUGCAAAGAUCACUCCCUCGGGGAAUAUGACGACGAUUACUGAUGCAUCUGGUUGCUCUUCUGUUGCGUUUGGGAGGACGGCGAAAGAUAAAAGUACCUUGUACAUUUCAACCAGCACUGGUGCUGUUCUGUCAACGACUAUCAGCUAA